GCCUGGUUUAAGCUUGCCAGAAUGAACGGAACCACAGACAUCUGCAACCACUGCCGGAACAUAAUCAGAGAAAAGGAAAAAGGAAUGAAGAUGUCAAGAAGCAUAUCAACAGGACCAAGCUCAUUUAUUCCAGAAAAUGAGAUCAUAGGAGCCAUGCCUCUGAGUGACUCCACAGUGAUGUUCUUAGACGAAGAGUUCAGUGGUCGUAUGGACAACCUGACGCAGGUGAUGGGGCUUCACCCGCAUUAUCUGCAAGCAUUUCUCCGCUGCCACUAUUAUCUCCUGAGGAUGGACGGCCCACUACCACUCCACUACAGGCAUUAUAUCGCUAUAAUGGCUGCAGCACGGCAUCAGUGUUCCACGCUGGUCUGUCAGCAUGUGCAAGAGUUCGAGCAGAUAGGUGUUUGUUCUGAUUGGCUGAGAGGUCUGGCGUUCUGCCCACAACGACUUCGCAACCUCAGUGAGAUUAACAAGAUCCUUGCACACAGACCUUGGCUCAUUACCAAGCAACACAUACAGGCUCUGGUGAAGACAGGAGAACACAGCUGGUCUCUGGCAGAGCUGGUUCAUGCUGUCGUACUGUUGGCUCAUUUCCAUGCCUUGGCUAGUUUUGUGUUUGGUAGCGGUGUCAACUCAGACCCUGAGGUCACAGAGGUCAAUGGGGUCACGGAUGACAUUUGCCCUCCAGCCAUGGCGGGUUUAUGCACCUGCCACCUAACAAACAGCAACCAAGCCAACGGGAACCCCUUGUGUAACCCUGACACUGGGAGUGAGCUGGAAGCUCUGAUGGAGAGAAUGAAGCGAUUGUUGGAGGAGAGAGAAGACGAUGAUGCGUCAGAGGAGGAGAUGUUCACUCGUUUUGAGAAAGAAAAGAAAGAGAGUCUUCUAGUGGUGUCUGCAGGGUUUGAUGAGGAAGUGGUGCCUCCUUCUCCCGUGGCUCGGUUUGUAGACGACCCGUCGUUUGGGUACCAAGACUUUGCGCGACACGGAGAAGACAACCCACCCACUUUUAAAGCACAAGACUACUCAUGGGAGGAUCAUGGUUUCUCUCUGGUGAACAGGUUGUACUCUGACAUUGGUCACCUUUUGGAUGAUAAAUUCAGAACGGCAUGUGAUCUUACCUAUUACAACAUGGCCAGUCACGAGGGGGUGGACACCAGCAUGCUGCGCAGGGCUCUCUUCAACUACGUUCACUGUAUGUACGGAAUACGAUACGACGACUAUGACUACGGUGAGGUGAAUCAGUUGUUGGAGCGCAGUCUGAAGGUUUACAUUAAAACAGUGACGUGUUAUCCGGAGAGAACCACUCGCCGCAUGUACGAGAGCUACUGGCACCAGUUCAGACACUCUGAGAAGGUUCAUGUGAAUUUGCUUCUAAUGGAGGCUCGAAUGCAGGCCGAGCUGCUCUAUGCUUUGAGAGCCAUCACUCAUUAUAUGACCUGACCAACCAGACUCCACCAAUUAUAUGACCGGACCGAUUAGACUUCAUCUUUUAGGUGACCCUACUAAUCAAACCUCACCCUCAAUAUAUGGACAUCAUUACACCUAAAUUUAACCAAAAGUUGUUGUUUUUUCCAUCAUGGUACAUGUCAUUAGCAAUUACUUUUGCAUAUAGUUUUGAAUUCUUACAAUUGUGUCCAAAAUUGUGUACACAUUUUCUUAGACUGUUCAGAUUGGUAACUAAAUGAAGGACACUGAAUACAAAGCAUUCUGGGUAUAAUCCCAAACAUCAAAAUGGGAUCUAAUGGCAUGUUCAAAUAAAUAGUCAUCAAGAAUUGUGGGUGGGCAGUCAUGACUUUUACUGGAUUAAAAUAUAAUCCUUAAUGGUCAGACAAAUCCCAACAUUAAAACAGAAUCAAAUCCUUGGACUUGACCUGAUCAAUCAGACGAUGUCAUUUAUGACAUCAUGACUUGACAAAUCACUGUAACGUGCAAUAUUUUCUCACUGAAAUCUCACUUAUACUGUAAGCUGAAAUACUGGAGGACUGAGUUCACAUUUUGAAACAGGAAGUUGUCUUUUUUUUUCUCGUACUAUUUUCUCGUACUACUUUUAAACAGAAUACUGUUUUCCUUUUGUAUUAUCGUCAUAAAUGACAAUAACAGAAUGUGAGACUCCUGUAUGGAGAGGAAAAAAGUCUUUUCUUUCUUUCUUUUUUAAUC